UUAACUACAGAAGAAGAAGAUGAGCAAGCAACCUUCCGCUUUGCCUUAACAAUUCGGUUACAAAACCAAAGCUGAGCUCUUCAAAACGCUCCAAACUGUCAGGGCAGUUGCGGCGAAUGGGGUUUGACAAGUUCUGCAGUCUGGACAAUUCUGAUCCAUUUUGGGAUUGGAACCGUACAUGGUACACAACAAACCCAGACCUCACCCAGUGCUUCCAGAACACUGUCCUGGUGUGGCUGCCAUGCAUCUACCUCUGGAUGUGUGCCCCUAUCUACCUCAUCUACCUCCAUAGCCAUGACCGUGGGUACAUAUGUAUGAGUCACCUCAACAAAGCAAAAACUGCUGUCGGGCUUCUGCUGUGGAUUAUCUGCUGGUCAGAUGUUUUCUAUUCUUUCUGGGAAAGAAGUCAUGGCAGCAGUGUCCCCGCACCCGUCCUCCUCGUCAGUCCUACUUUACUGGGCCUCACCAUGUUGCUGGCCACCUUUUUAAUCCAGUAUGAGAGGAUGAAAGGGGUUCAGUCGUCAGGAGUAAUGUUGAUCUUCUGGCUGCUGGCUCUGCUGUGUGCCACAAUCUCCUUCAGGUCCAAGAUCUUCCAGGCCCUGGAUCAGCCGUUGACGGUGUCUGUGUGGAGGUACACCACCUUCUAUAUCUAUUAUGCUCUGCUGCUGGUGGCUUUGUUCCUGUCCUGCCUGACAGAUCAGCUGCCUCUCUUCUCCCAGGCUGUCAAAGAAUUGAAUCCAUGCCCAGAACCCGGAGCUCCUUUUCUCUCUAGAAUAACCUUUUGGUGGAUCAGCAGGAUGAUAGUGACAGGCUAUAAGCGCCCACUGGAGGAAAAGGAUCUGUGGUGUUUGAAGUCUGAGGACUGCUCCCACAGAGUGGUUCCACAGCUGGUGCGCCGCUGGAACACAGAGUGCCAAAAGGUCAAAAGGACGGAGCAGAAUACUUUGUAUUCCCCCAAGCAGGUCACGCGCAGUGAGAGCAAAGAGAGCAGAGUUGCAGAAGAGUCUGAAAUCUUGAUUGUAAAAACCAACCAGAAAACAAAGGAGCCGUCCCUGUUCUGGGCACUGUGCCUGACCUUCGGGCCCUACUUCCUCGUCUCCUGCCUCUACAAGAUCAUCCAAGACGUCCUCAUGUUUGUUGGGCCUGAGAUCCUCCGGCUGCUAAUCAGCUUCGUCAACAACUCCAGCGCCCCCGCCUGGCAGGGCUACUUCUACACUGCUCUGCUCUUCAUAUGCACCUGUGUGCAGUCCCUCACCCUGCAGAAGUACUUUCAUGUCUGCUUCGUGUCAGGCAUGCGGUUGCGGACUGCUAUCAUUGGAGCGGUCUACAGAAAGGCUUUGGUUAUAAGCAGCGCAGCACGCCGCACCUCCACUGUGGGAGAGAUCGUCAACCUGAUGUCAGUGGACGCUCAGCGCUUCAUGGAUCUCAUCACGUACAUCAACAUGAUCUGGUCCGCUCCUCUGCAAGUGGUGCUGGCCCUCUACUUUCUCUGGCAGAACCUUGGUCCUUCUGUGUUGGCUGGAGUGGCUGUGAUGGUACUGAUGGUUCCUGUUAAUGCUGUCAUCGCCAUGAAAACAAAAACCUACCAGGUGGCUCAGAUGAAAAGCAAGGACAGUCGCAUUAAGCUGAUGAAUGAGAUGCUGAACGGCAUCAAGGUGUUGAAACUGUACGCCUGGGAGCUGGCCUUUAAGGACAAGGUGUCAGAGAUCCGUGAGAGUGAGCUGCGGGUACUAAAGAAGGCUGCAUACCUGGGUGCAGUGUCCACCUUCACCUGGGUCUGUGCACCAUUUCUGGUUGCCCUGUCCACCUUCACCGUGUACGUGCUGAUUGACGAACAUAACGUGCUUGAUGCCCAGAAGGCUUUUGUGUCAUUGGCUCUCUUCAACAUACUGCGUUUUCCUCUCAACAUGCUGCCAAUGGUCAUCAGUAGCAUGGUGCAGGCCAGUGUGUCCUUGAAGAGGCUGAGAGUGUUUCUUUCACACGAGGAGUUACAGGAAGACAGUGUCGAGCACAAAAAAGCAGCAGAUUCCCCUCACAGUAUUUCCAUAGUAGAUGGAGUUUUCAGCUGGUGCAGAACUGAAUUACCGGCACUUAAGAGCCUCAAUGUUUGUAUCCAAGAAGGCUCCCUGGUGGCUGUGGUGGGACACGUGGGUUCAGGAAAGUCCUCGCUGCUCUCUGCCCUCCUCGGAGAGAUGGACAAAAUAGAAGGGACUGUGGCUGUCAAGGAUACGGUGGCCUACGUCCCCCAGCAGGCCUGGAUCCAGAAUUCCACUCUGAAAGGCAACAUCAUAUUUGGUCAGGAGAAACGAGAGGCCUGGUAUCGGUGUGUGGUGGAGGCAUGUGCCCUUCAGCCUGACCUGGAGAUCCUUCCUGCUGGAGAUGAGACAGAGAUUGGAGAGAAGGGGGUGAAUCUGUCUGGAGGUCAGAAGCAGAGGGUGAGCCUGGCCAGAGCUGUCUACUGUGACCGUGCCGUCUACCUGCUUGAUGACCCGCUGUCUGCUGUUGACGCUCAUGUAGGAAAACACAUCUUUGAUAAAGUAAUCGGCCCACAAGGACUGCUGAAGGACAAGACUCGUGUGUUGGUGACCCAUGGACUGAGCUACCUGCCCCAGGCCGACCUGAUCCUGGUCAUGGUGGAUGGAGAGAUCACAGAGAUGGGCUCCUACCAGCAUCUCAUGGCCACAGAGGGAGCCUUCGCUGAGUUUCAGCGAACAUACGCUGCCGUCGACCACACUGACAACAAUGAACCUGUGCCAAAAAGUGGAACCAAAGGAAUGGAGAACGGCAGUGCGACUGCUCUUGCUGGCAGUCCGGGCGUCAGCAGCGCGUCCACACUGCCCCAGACGGGUAAGGAGGACAAGGUGCUGAGCAAGAAGGCCAAAGACCCCGAGGUGGGCAAGCUGACAGAGGCCGAUAAGGCCAGCACUGGACGAGUGAAGCUCUCUGUGUUCUGGGCUUAUCUGAAAGCCAUCGGAGUGCUUCUGUCCUGCAUCAGUCUGAUGCUGUUCUUCGCCCAUCACUUGAUCUCCCUGUUCUCCAACUACUGGCUGAGCUUGUGGACAGAUGACCCUGUGAUCAAUGGCACUCAGCCUAACAGACUGAUGAGACUUGGGGUGUAUGGUGGUCUUGGCCUGUCCCAAGGUGUGGCAGUCUUUGGUUACUCUCUGGCCACGUCCAUCGGGGGCAUCCUGGCGUCCCGCUGCCUCCACCAGUCCAUGCUGUACGACGUCCUGCGUUCACCUAUGUCCUUCUUCGAACGGACCCCCAGCGGCAACCUGGUCAACCGCUUUGCGAAGGAGAUGGACACCAUCGACUCAAUGAUCCCCAGCAUCUUUAAGAUGUUCAUGGGCUCCAUGUUAAAUGUGUUGGGUUCUUGUGUUAUCAUCUUGAUCGCCACACCGCUGGUAGCCAUCAUCAUCCCGUUUCUCGGCCUCAUCUACUUUUUCGUGCAGAGGUUUUAUGUGGCGUCUUCUCGCCAGCUGAAGCGCCUGGAGUCAGUCAGCCGUUCACCGAUCUACACACACUUCAACGAAACACUGCUGGGAACCUCAGUCAUCCGAGCCUUUGGUGAACAGGAGCGCUUCAUCCAUGAGAGUGACCAGCGGGUGGACAACAACCAGAAGGCUUACUUCCCCAGCAUAGUAGCAAACAGGUGGCUGGCUAUUCGCCUGGAGUUUGUAGGAAAUUGCAUUGUGUCAUUUGCUGCUUUGUUUGCCGUCAUAGCCAGAGAGAGCCUCAGUCCAGGCAUCAUGGGGCUGUCCAUCUCCUAUGCCCUCCAGCUGACUGCCUCUCUGACAUGGCUGGUGAGGAUGUCCUCUGAUCUGGAGACCAACAUAGUGGCUGUGGAGAAAGUGAAUGAGUACAGUGACACAGAAAAAGAGGCAGAGUGGAAACACGAGCCCUCCAGCCUCCCCCCAGGCUGGCCCACUGACGGCCGGAUAGAGAUCAAAGGCCUCGGUCUGCGCUACCGCCAUGAUCUGGAUCUCGCCAUUCGCAACAUCACCAUGAACAUAAACAAAGGAGAGAAGGUGGGGGUUGUGGGGCGCACCGGAGCGGGGAAAUCAUCCCUCAUGCUGGGGCUCUUCAGGAUCAUCGAGGCAGCUGAGGGCCACAUCUUAAUCGACGGGGUGGACAUUGCUCAGCUGGGCCUCCACGAGCUUCGGUCCCGAAUCACCAUCAUACCCCAGGACCCGGUGCUGUUUUCAGGCUCUCUGAGGAUGAAUCUGGAUCCUUUUGGCAGCUACUCUGAUGAGGACGUAUGGAGGGCUCUGGAGUAUUCCCAUCUCAAGAGCUUUGUGUCCGGCCUGCCAGACAAACUAAACCACGAGUGUAGUGAAGGAGGAGAGAACCUCAGUGUGGGUCAGCGGCAGCUACUGUGCCUGGCCAGAGCUCUGCUGAGGAAGACCAAGAUCCUGGUCCUAGAUGAGGCCACAGCAGCUGUGGACAUGGAGACAGACAAUCUAAUCCAGUCCACCAUCCGCUCUCAGUUUGAGGACUGCACCGUCCUGACAAUAGCUCAUCGCCUUAAUACCAUCAUGGACUAUACCAGGGUCCUGGUGUUGGACAAAGGAGAGAUGGCAGAGUUCGACUCCCCCUCCAAUCUCAUCGCUCAGAGAGGACCCUUUUACAAGAUGGCCAAGGACGCCGGGCUGGUCUGAAGCAGGAGGUGCCGCACAGUGUCCAGCUGCUCCUCUGAGCCCCUCUCAGUGUCUCCGGCUGCCUGGGGGAGUAAUAGUGGGAGAGGUCAACUGAUGGCCUAUUUAAUCAAAUGUGUUGAUGAGAACGCUUCAGUCUUCAUUUACCUACACAAUUCUAUGCUGCCUGUCCCAAAACAACCUGUUAGUCCAUGUCCAUAUCCCUCCUGUUUCUUCCUACUGCUUUUACUUCUUUUACUGACAAUUCUGCCAUAGAACAGGGCCAUACUGUAUACACCUUCAAUUUUGCCGGGGGGGAUUACUUUUCUACGGACAGCAUUCCUCGCAGUCUGUCUCAUAAACAGUUCACUUUUGGUUGUGGUAACCAGUUCCAGGGUCAGCAGAGGACAAGGUAGAGGCUGUUGACUGACACCCCAGUUGUUUUGAGACCCAGAUUUUGAACAUCAGCAGUAAUUUGAGAAGAAGGUCUGGGUUAGAGGGUGACACCGGGGUGGGUUUUCAGUCCUGAGCCCCCCUCGCACUCCCACAGUGCCAAUCCCAUGACACAGUAACAAGUGGAAGGUGGAUAUCUGUCAGUGGGAAUAUUUAUUUCUAUUUAAAAAAUGUACUUAUUGUUUUUAUGAAUCCUUUGCUGGUCACGCCUUUAAAACUGACUCCCAUCCCACAGGAAUCCCAAAGAAUCCCACUACCAACAGGGUUCCCAACAAGCCUCUAGUCAGGGUUUGGGACACUGCUUGCAUAGACAAUGCAUUCAAACAGACUUAUGGGCUUUGUUAUUAUAUCACAGUAGCAAAGAUGAAGUGAGAAAUGCCUGCCUUACAACUGCUCUGUUCCAAUUCCACUGCACACUAAUUGUAUACAUUAUGUAUUGUAAACUAAUAUUUUUUUACUAUAUUUUUUUCUAUCAGCAUACUUAAGAGUUUCAUUGUCACUGGAAAUUAUCUGUGGUACUCAAUUGAAAGGGAAAAGGCUGAAUGUUUUCUUAUUCUAAGGAAGAUGUAAAAUAUUCCCAAGCUUUUUCUUUAAAGCAAUUUUUUAAGUGGUGCAGUAUGGAACUGGGACACAGCUAAUGUUUAGACAUUUAGCUGAAUGGGCAGUGUAUACCUGGUUUGGUCAGUUUAAUUAUACAGUCAUGGAAAAAAUUAUUAGACCAUUGUUUUCUUCAAUUUCUUGUUAGUUUUAAUGCCUGGUUCAACUGAAGGUACAUUUGUUUGGACAAAUAUGAUAACAAAAAUAGCUCAUAAGAGCUUAAUUUAAGAGCUGAUAUCUAGCCAUUUUCCAUGGUUUUCUUGAUAAUAACCAAAAUCAUUAUCAAGAAAACCAUGGAAAAUGGCUAGAUAUAACUCUUAUGAGUGAUUUAUGUUAUCAUUAUAUUUGUCCAAACAAAUGUACCUUUAGUUGUACCAGGCAUUAAAAUGAUCAAACAAUUAGAGAAAACAAGGGUGGUCUAAUAUUUUUUUCCAUGACUGUAUAUCAUUAGUUAUUCAAUUAUUUGAGUGUUUGAAUGUAAGUCAGUCUUACAUUCAGAGCAUCAUCAGGAAGAUUUGAUGUACCAGCUGAUUGGUCAAAAAACAUGAGUUACUGAAGAUUUGUAACCCUGAAUAUCAACAAAUAGGCAAACAAAACUACAGAGAGACGAAACUCUGGGAAUCUAUCUGGGUUGGAUAGAUUCUACUUGACUGUUACUUUAAAUCCAGUACUGACUUGUUUAUUUAUUGUGUAUUUAUGUUCUUCCAGCAACGGCUUUAAAUGAAUGUGCUUAUGAAAAGUUGCUGGUUAGGUUCGAGGUUCUACUGGUGUAUUACAUGCUUUGGAGCUGAAUUAUUUUAUAUUGUAUAAAAAAAAAUAUGGCUCUAUUCUUGUGAGUUUUAUUUUCAUGAGGUCACGAUAUACUGAAUGUACAGAAAAUGGAAAUUAUGAGUUUUUCAAAAUGUUAUUUUGUCUUUUUAGGUACACAUGACAUAUCGCUUUAAAGUCACUUUAGUUCUGACCGCUGUUUGCAAAAUUGAUUUGAUGCCAUAUAUUUAUUUGCAUUGCUGUAUGUAUGUUCAUGAGUUGCUGUGUUAUUUUCAGUGAAUAAAUUCACUCGAAUGAGA